UGCAGCCUUCUUGAUCACAACAAUUUCUGGAUAUCCAGCAAGCGUAUUGUGACACCAAAAGGGGUGAUUUCUGGUGCAAUUGAGGUCAAAGGAGGAAACAUUGCGUCUGUAAUGGAAGAGGAUUGGCAAGAGAAUGUCGGGACUGGACAAGUGAUUGAUUAUGGGGAGGCUGUUGUCAUGCCUGGUCUGAUCGAUGUGCAUGCAUAUCUUGAUGAUCCUGGAAGAACAGAAUGGGAAGGAUUUCCUUCAGGGACUAGAGCAGCUGCUGCUAGUUUGUGGGUUAACAACUUUGGUUGACAUGCCUCUUAACAGUUUUCCAUCUACAGCUUCCGAAGAAACUUUUGAACUCAAGUCCUUUAUGUGUCCUUCGGGGAUCAAUGACUUUCCCAUGACAAAUGCUGGCCAUAUUAAGAGUAUCUCAGCCGACAUGGGAUCAAGACUAUCUGGAAAAGUUUUGGCGACUUUCGUGAGAGGCAACCUCGUCUACAAAGAAGGGAAGCACGCUCUUGCUGCCUAUGGUGUCCCCAUCCUUGCAAGAUAAUGAGAUGAACUUGUAGGUUUCAGUUAAGAUGGUUCACCAAUUGUGGGGGAUCUGGGGGGCAAUGUAAGAGAAUACCAAUCACUUUGAUCUGUUGAUCUGACUGGGCGUUUCAAGUCAUUGGAUGAUUCUGGCUAUGGACCUACUGUUGAUUGGUUGUAUAUUUGGAUGCAUAUGAGGGAAAUGUACAUAUUGCGACCUACAAAAACUGAGCCAAAAAAAUAAAAAAAAUGAAACCUAGAAAAUUUCACUGCAGGAUUUUCAA